AUGGCUUCAACACGGCAACUUUCGCGUUCGCGCCUUUGGCACACCGCUGCUCACACAGCGCUUAUCACAUACAUCCUUGUACAGCGUGCAAACGACUCGAGCUAUGGUAAACCUAAGUUCCCGGUAUCCUGGUCACAAACUGGUUGCAGUUGUAAUGCCGAUUACGACAGCUUGACUGUGACCGCUGAAGGCGCUACGUCGACUGGCAGAUACACCAUCAAUACAAAUCAAACUAGUACGUAUGACACUUCGUAG